AUGUCAUUCAGAGAUUCGAUUUCUGACCGUCCUGCCACGAUCAAAGUCGGUCGAGGCCCAUAUGCCGGCGUGUUUACUGUACAGAAAGCUCUGCUCUGCAACUCAUCUGCUUACUUUACGGCUGCUUUGAACGGCACGUUCAUUGAGGGCCAGACUCAGACUAUCAACCUCGACGAUGAAGAUCCUACAAUCUUCCGGACCUACGUCGCUUGGCUGUACCAAGGACAACUCAACUCUCAAGACAUCGAAGGAGCUCUCGACGAUCCACAGGACUUCGGCCAACAUAUCGCCGAGUUGAUUGUAUUCGCCGACAAGAGAAACAUAAGCGAGCUCAAGAAUGACGCUAUCACUAUGCUUCUAAGCUAUCUUUACAAGAACGGACUGGCGGCGCUGGAUGUCAUCGACCGUAUCUACGAUAUGCCGAGAACAAGACAGCUGUCUCACUUACGCUGGCAUCUAGCAUAUGAGGAAGUGUGGCACAGUCAAAGACUCGANAAAAACAUAAAUCACUGGAAGCCGGAGUUCAUGGCAGAUAUCAUCAAGACAUACAAGUCAUUCGAAGGGCGUUCGUGCGUUAGAAUGCUGAGCGAAAGAAGCUUUGAACAAGGAGACUUGAACAUCUGCAAGCUUGUCCACUCGCACAUCCAUCAGGCACAAGUCUGCCCGUCGCUGGAUAAGAACACGUACAUUCCCGCUCCACCACCAGCCCAAGAGCCUCCAAACAAGAAGCGCAAAACCGGAUCAUCGACCUUGACGGUCGAACUCCUCGAUGACUAA